UAACGUCAGCAAAUGUCGCAACAAUAUGGCGGACGAGAGGGACGAUAUUCGUGAAACCGAUUUAAACGAUGAUAUGAUUUCUGGGGCAAUUGGCACUAACGCAACCACAAGUAUCGAUUUUAAGGAAGAUGAUCCACAACAUUUUCCGGGACCUUCUUCAUCACCUGUGUCAUGGCACCCACCUGAAGGGACAUAUCAAAAUGGUCACCCCACUGCUCAAGCCAUUGUUCGACCAGGAAGUGCUCAGAAAAUAGAUCACUUAAAAAAAUGGAGUAUUUCAACAUACAAGUAUACUAGGCAAUAUCUUUCUGAAAAGUUUGGUAAAGGUACAAGGACUGUGGAUACUGAACUUGAAGCACAAAUUGUUUUGCUGAAAGAAACACAAGUUAAGUAUAUUAAUGUCCUAAAGCUUGCAAAGCAGAUGACACAUCAUUUUCAUAGCAUGGUUCAAAGUCAAAGAGGUCUUGCCGAUGCCUUUGCAGAUUUGGGGAUGAAAUCACCAGAACUACAAGAUGAAUUCAACUAUAAUGCUGAGUCUCAAAGAUCACUGGUCAAAAAUGGGGAGGUUCUGCUUGGAGCCCUUAAUUUCUUUACAUCCAACCUGACCACCUUGGUGCACAAGACUAUGGAAGAUUCUAUCAUGACAGUGAAAGCAUAUGAAUCUGCCAGAAUAGAAUAUGAUGCCUACAGAACAGACCUAGAGUCUACCCAAACUGGACCAAGAACCGCAACAACAGCUGUUAAAGCUGAAGAGGCUAAACAACAGUUUGAUGUCCAGAAAGAGAAAUUUGACCGGAUACGUGGUGACCUAGCGAUCAAACUCAGGUUUUUAGAGGAAAACAAGGUGAAAGUGAUGCAUAAGCAGUUGUUACUCUUCCAAAAUGCAAUUAGUGCUUACUUUGCUGGCAACAAGCAGGCUUUGGAAAACUGUAUAAAAGAAUUCCAUGUUAAAAUCACAAGCAAUGAAGGCAAACAGGCAUCAUUCCUGGAACACUGAUUUAGUUGUGGGCAGGCAUGUUACUUUGGGGCAUAUAGGAUAUAGAAUAUGAACGACAAAGUAUAUGAAACUGCUUUUUGAUUAGCAUGUACCUGACAAUAAGUAAUUUCUAAGACACGUGUUGAGAGAAUUUUACCAAUAUUAUGAGGACAUAAUUUAUUCCUUAUUCAUGCCAACUACUGUAAACAUGCUUAAGGUAAAGUUAGUGUUACAGGUUACAAAAAGGCUUCGUUUUAUCCAAUAUUAAAAUCAGUUUCCACUAAUCUCAAUGUAGUUUGUGGGAACUUAAGAAGAGUAAACCUUACUAAGGCACAUUGUGGACAAACCAUUUGCUGACAAUUUAUUGUGAACAGGGUGUUGUAGAGUCAUUAUAGUUGCUUAUGUCAGUAUAGGUUUAAAUGUGUUUGUGAGGACUUGUAAGAGAAGUGCAGAACAGUGUCUGUCUAGCCAUACCAUAAGCCUUCUCUGGAAUAUCAGACUGCAAGCCCACAAAUAAAAUAGUUUGCACGCUAGCACUCUGAAUCCAAACUUGGCAAAACUCCCGAAAGUAUUGGGAUUCUUCUACGGAAAACAAACUGCAAGGGAAUAAUUGAAAAAAUUAUUUCAAUGUAAAUCAGUCAAUAUAAGGGUUAAAGUUGUCCGUGUGAGAUGUAGGAGUAGUAAAUUCACGGAAUAUCGAUGUGAGUUUCCUAAUAACAAAAAAAGCUCUGCAAAUGAAACAUUUUGGGCGUAGAAGAGUUUUUCAAUUGUACACUUGAAAAUCAAAACUUAGGUUUUGGGCGCUUAUACUUAAUAUACUACUCGUCCUUUGUUUUCCAAAGAAUGAUCUACAGGUUUUCUGUACAUGAGUGAUAAAUAGCUUUGCUAAAGUGAACCGUGGUCGCGGAAAGGUUAAUCAUAAGAGGAAAACACAUAGCAGAUUCAGACAUCUGAAAUAGACAUGGCUUAAAUAUAAAACAAACACAGUCAGUCUAAAGUAUCGAUUUUGGUUUUUGAGGUAACGCCAGUAAUGGGUUCUUUAGCGUGUUUCACUGAAAGGCACCAACAUGCAAGACAAUUUUUUUUAGUUUUACCAUUUAAUAACUUUUGCGUUGAUUCCCAGAAUGAAUAAAGAAGCGGGUUCAGAAAAUUCAGA